GUAUUUACCCUUUUCCACCCCGCGCUGCUCCAGAUCCUUGGGGAUGUGCCGAGAGACCUACCAGCUCUGUCCUCCAAGCCUAGAAUUAGCAGAACAAAUCCCUGGCGGGCGGCCAGCAGUAUAACUUGGAGAUACCUCCCACUCGGCUACCCUGGGUGUGUGUAUGUGUGUGCGUGUGUGUGUGUUUUAACAAUACGGGAUCUUCCUUCUCCGGAUCCUUGAAAUUAUAGAUCGGGAACACCCACAGCAGAGCCUCAAGCGAGCCCAAGACAGCAUGUCUGGGAGCCAAUACGUAGAUUCAGAGGAUUUUUUGUACACCGCACCCAUCAGGGAGCAAGGCAACAUCUACAAGCCCAACAACAAGGUCAUGGCAGAUGAAUUUAACGAGAAGGAGAUGCAUGAUGUGCACACCAAGGAAAUCGACCUGGUCAAUCGGGACCCCAAGCAUCUCAACGAUGAUGUGGUCAAGAUUGACUUCGAAGAUGUGAUCGCCGAACCUGAGGGAACCCACAGUUUUGAUGGGGUCUGGAAGGCCAGCUUCACCACCUUCACUGUGACAAAAUACUGGUUUUAUCGUCUAUUGUCUGCAAUCUUUGGCAUUCCCAUGGCUCUCAUCUGGGGCAUUUACUUUGCCAUUUUGUCAUUCCUCCACAUCUGGGCAGUGGUGCCCUGCAUCCGGAGCUACUUGAUUGAGAUUCAGUGCAUCGGCAGGGUUUAUUCUAUCUGUAUCCACACCUUCUGCGAUCCAUUCUAUGAGGCUGUUGGCAAAAUGUUCAGCUCUAUAAGAGCAACAGUACAGAAGGAUGUGUAACUGAUGUUUCAAGGAGCCUGAAGAGUAAGUCUUCUCUGCCUCCAUCCCAUCUUUUUUGGUGCCAGUCUCAAGGCUGUCAACAGUGAACAAAGUGACCGGCAUGCAACAGCAUCAGUUAAUGAAGCAGUCAAGUCCAACCUGAAUGCAACAAAGAAUCACUUACUCAAAUUUCCUUACUACUUAAUCACUCCUGGAUUUAUAUUACUCACUCUUUUCGGGAGGGAGUUCAAUUAGCUUUUUUAAAAACACACACACAUAUUUAAAUUGCUGCUUUCCCAUUCCUAUUUUCCUAUUGUUUUGCUGACCCUUUGACAGACUGACUCAUGUUCUGCUUACCUCUUCCGUUCAUUUGUUGCAAAUUAAAUUCACAACAAUAUAAUAAAGAACUACCUAAAAUGCUUUCUAGCACUGUAACACUGCUCUUCAUUUUACUGUGAGCAAAAGGGGUCUAACGCUAUUGCUGCAUAAUGGACAUGAUAAGCUGGCAGAUUUUUAAAGAAUGUUCUUUUUUCAGAUGUAUUGUCAUUCGACUGUAGCUCUUUACUGUAGUGGACAAUAUCUAACUGCAACACACAGAUAGAUCUAAGUAAAUAACUAAUAUAUAUGCUGAACAAGAGAGAGAGAGAAAUCCAGUGCCUUUAAGAAGGACAAUACCCUCAACCUGGGCAACUUUGCAUGUCCACACAAAGCUACAGCCAAUGCCGUUCCUUCCACUGUCCUGUUUUGUUGUCCCAACUGAGAGAUGACCUGCAGAUCUUUACGAUAUGUCACUAAAAGGGGUACAGAAGGAGCCGCUUUAAUGGUUUUUUUUUUUU